AUGGAAAUUGGUGACAGGGCAGGAGUAGCAGGAAAUUACGGAAACCUAGGAACUGUGUUGCAAUCACUUGGUGAAUAUCACAAGGCAAUAGAAUAUCACGAGAAAGCACUUGCCAUCAAUAUGGAAAUGGGUUGCAGGGCAGGAGUAGCAGCAAGUUACAGAAACCUAGGAAUCGUGUUGCAAACACUUGGUGAACAUUGCAAGGCAAAAGAAUAUUUCGAGAAAGCACUUGCCAUUGAUACGGAAACUGGUGUUAAAAAGGAACAAUCGAUUGACUACUUGAAUGUAGGACAAUUGUUUCUUUGCCUUAGAAAAUAUCGGGACGCCAAAGAAUGUGGCGAAAAAGCCCUUUCUAUCGCAAUGGAAAUUGGACUCAGAGAAGGAGAGGCAAAUGCUCAUGGACUUCUUGGAGAUGUGCUUUUUUUGCUACAUGACUAUCAGAGAGCUAAAGAAUGUUUCGAGAAAAAACUUGCAAUCAUGACUGAAAUCGGUAACAGAAGCUUAGAAGCAGAUUGUUAUCAAAAACUGGGACAUCUGUUUCGACAGCUUGGCCAAAAUGACUUGGCCGAAGAAUACUUAAAGAAGGCGUGCUUGAUCAGCAGCGAUGUUGGGAAACGAGCAGUUUCAAGUAUCUCUUUUAGAGUGGACUGGAGUUUUCCCUUACAAGAUGCUCAGUCGGAUCCUAUGCUUAACAGGAAAAAAUCCUCAAGAUGCACUUUACGUUGA